CUGCUCUUCUUCUUCUUGUCUUCCCGUUGCAGCCACCCGAAGAGAAAAAAAAAGAGGAACCCAGCCAUGCCUUGGAAAAUUGGUGAGAAAGCUUGGAGAUUUCUCCUUCCUUCUUGCUCUAGAACCCAAAUAGAACCCAGAAAUUUCCCCUCCCCCUGCUGGAAAAUCGGAUCUGCUAUGCUCUCUGCUCCUCACCGCCGGUUGCUCUUGCCUGUGGGGGGCGAAUUGCUUGGGUUUUGGAUUUUGGUGGUAUUAGAGUGUGAUAUGAUAAGUUCCGAGCCUUGUGCACUUGUGGGACCCGUCUCACGAGUGUACGGCGUCUGUCGCGUCUCGAAAUCGGAUUUUGGGGCGUGACAGAUUUAGUGGUAUCAGAGCUUAGGUUGAAAUUAAGAGUUUAAGAUUAAAUUAAGCACCUUCAGAUUGAGUGGCAUCAGAGCAGAUUGAGUGAUAUCCGAGCCUAGGUUUAAUUGAAUACCUAGGAUUUGUUUUGGACUUGGCUAGCCAGUGGAUUUUAGAACCGUGUCCGCACUUGUUUAGGCUUGUUACGUGAAUAGAAUUUUUGUAUGCUCUUUUGCCACAAUGUUGAAAUCUGGGGAGUUGUAGAGAUCUUUUGUUAUUGACUCUGUUUGUCUCUACAGCAUAGCUGGUUGAGAAAUUUGCUCUGUUUGUCACAUGACCAGUGGAGGAUGGGUAAACCCUCUACUUUGCAAGAGAUUCAAGGUUAUUUUAGCCAAUGUUGUGUGUUUUUCUAGAUGCGUUUUAGGAGCUGGAUAACUUGGUAAUUCCAUUGCUCCUUAUCUUCUGAAAGUGUUAUAGUGAAAUUUCACUUUUUCCAUUUCAAGCUUCAUGGUCUUUUCAUGUGGCUCAUUUUUCUGUAUUGGUUAAUCAAGAGCAGUGAUUAUU